GGGACAGAGUGGAGAUAACGUGUGUGUGCAUCUGAAAUAGUGUAUAAAGGAGCACCAUGCAAACCCCCCAAGAGUUUUGAGAAAUCUAACCCCGAACUCAAGAGAUCUGUCAUCUUCAACUUUCUGACUUUUGGAAAUCAGGUCAUGUUAUACUUGAUUUCACCAGGAUGGAGGCCAAACCCAAAAAAGCCUUUUCUCCUAAAGGUGGAAAGAAGUUUACACAGAAAGGAAAAGAUUCCAUAGGCGCCAAACUUGGAGGAAAACCAGGCAGCAAGCCAGGCGGUAAAAAGCCCUCCAAACCGUACAACAACACAGAGAGGAAGAGCAGGCCGGGCAAGGGUGGAGAUGGCCCGAAGAAACAACAGAAAUUUGCUUUCUCCAAAGCCGGCAAGGGGCCGCAGAAGAGGAAGCUGCCAUUUAAAAUGAAAAAGGAAGAAGAGCAGGGUGAAGGUCCAGUGGCUAAGAAGAUGAAGAAAGGUGAGUUUAAGCCAAAGUCGAAGGAGCUGACAAAGGAGGAGCUGAAGAAGAACAGGCAGCAGAGGAAGAAGGACCUGAAGAAGAACAGGCAGCUGGCAGAGAGGAGGGAGAUGUUUGAGAUCAUCUGCCAGGCAAAACAAGUGUGGGGAGACCUCAGGAGGAAGAAUUGCGACAACGACUUGAAGAAGAAACGGAUGAAGGAGCUUCAGGACCUGAUCCACGGGAAGAUCAAACAGAUGGCGUUUGCUCACGAUUCAGUUCGAGUGCUGCAGUGUUUCAUCCAGUUCGGCAGCCACGAGCAGAGACAGGAAGUUUUUGAGGAGCUCAAAGAUGAAAUGGUUGGUUUGUGUAAGUCGCAGUAUGGCAGACAUGUGGUGAAAAAACUGCUGAUGUACGGCAACAAGGAGCUGAUGGCGGCAGUGAUGCAAACAUUUAAAGGUCACGUGCGGCCGAUGCUUCGCCACGCCGCCGCCUCGUCCAUCAUCGAGUACGCCUACAACGACAAAGCCGUGCUCGCACAGAGGCUCAUGCUCACCGAGGAGCUGUACGGGAACACCUUCACUGUCUGCAAGUCGUCAGUGUGUAACACUAUCGAGAAAGUUGUAGAGGGGAACCCGGACAAGCUGAACAACAUCAUCGACGAGAUGAAGCAGAUUCUCACGCCCAUGGCCCAGAAAGAACAAGUAAUAAAACACUCUCUGGUCCACAAAGUCUUUCUGGACUUCUUCCUUUUCGCCCCCGACAAACAGCGGACGGAGAUGAUCGAGUCCAUCAGAGAGUCGGUCGUCUACAUGGCUCACACACACGACGGAGCACGAGUGGCAAUGCACUGUCUAUGGCACGGGUCAGCCAAGGACAGAAAAGUCAUAAUCAAAACUAUGAAGACGUACAUGGUGAAGUUUGCCACGGGGGAGUUCGGCCACCUGGUGCUGCUGGCCAUGUUCGACUGCGUGGACGACACCAAGCUGGUCAGACAGGCCGUGCUCUCAGAGAUCUUGUCGUCUCUGGAUGAGGUCAUCAGUAAUAAAUACGGUAAGAAGGUUCUGUUGUACCUGCUGAGCCCCAGAGACCCUGCUCACCUGCUGCCGGAGAUCAUCAAGGUGCUGGAGAAAGGAGACGGAAACGCACACAGUAAAAAGGACAUGGCAACUCGUAGGAAGGAGCUGCUGGAAGUCAUCUCCCCGCCGCUGCUGGAGUAUCUCCGUGCCAACGCUGACACCAUGGUGAUGGACAAGGCGACCAGCGUCACCAUCAGUGACAUCCUGGCGUCGGCCUGCGGGGACCUGCGGCCCGCCAUGACGGCCGUGGCUCAGCUGGCCAAUCAGGAGUUAGUGCCAGGAGGGACAAGCGGACAGCUUCACAUGGCCGAGCAUCCAGCAGGACACCUGGUGCUGAAAUGGCUCAUAGAGCAGGACAUGAUGCUGGCAGAGGCCGGCAAAGAAGAGCGGUUUGGCAGGAUACUGGUGGACACAGUGGGAACAGACAAACUGAAGAGCUGGGUCAAAGUCAACAGAGGAGCCAUGGUGCUCUGCAGCCUCCUGAACAGCUGUGACAAGUCUGUGGGGGCGGAGGUGAAGGCGGCGCUGGAGUCCAUCAAAUCAGAGCUCCGCGGCAUCAGCAACAACAAAGGAGCUGAAAUCCUGCUGGAGAAUCUGAACAAGUAGAGACCUUUUAUUUUCGAUCGAACUGGGGAUGUUGAACGCAUCACUUCCUGUGCAGGACUCCUUUCUUUUUCCACAAAGCGCCUACAAGACAGCGAGCUGCAACUGGGAAGGUUUUCAGGAAGUGAACCUGGAACACUGUGGUGUCAUUUUAUCCCCGAUGGAAAAGAGGACGUGACUGUGUGGAAAUGUUGAGAAUUCUGUUAAUAAUGAUAGGUGUAGGUGUAGGAAGGUGUUUGGAAUAAAACGUGAUGCUAUGAAAACAAGUUGAAAUACACAGAUGAGACCUGUGAGACUGCGUUCAUUUGCCAGUUUUACAUUAACUGAACAUGAAACGUAAAUCGUCAAAUAAUUCUACUGUAAUAAUUGUAUCAGUACAACCAUGCAGUCACAUACUUAACUACUCUGAGUUUCUUUAACUUAUAUUCUGUUCUCUUUCUAAACACUUGGCCUUCACAGUUUGCUCAAUCACUGUUAAGCUACUGUUGGUGAAACUCAACAGUGCUUUCACAUUAAAAGCUUUGCUGGUGAAAAGGAGAAUUCUGCCCUCUCAAGGCUUUUAAAGUGAAACAAACAUCUCUAUUUUUCAAGUGUUGAGUUUGUGUUGACAGCAAGAGGAAACAAGAGCUGAUCGUGAACCAGAGAGACUUCCUGCCAUGAUGCGAUCAGACAAAGAAGUCUGAAAACAAAGGUCUGGUUCUCUUUGCAGUCGAGCUGAGUAAGCUUCACAGGGUCCUUCUGCCCUUGUCAUCGCCGCCACAUUAUGCUCUCUAUCCACGCAGAUAGUUUUGGUUUUAUUUGUCUGAGAUAUCAGUCUUUGAGAUUUCUGCCUGAGGUGAAUGGAGUUUGAUUUUGGUGCUCACAGCACUGAAAAAUGUACGGGCAGUAUCUGAUUAACAGGAACGGUUUCCCCGUCCCUCAGUACAAAACAAACUAACAGAACCAUCACAUGGCUGAAGGUUAAAUGGUCAUUUCAGUGCGCUCGUCCUUUAACUGCCUGCUGAACACACAUCUGUACAAACAGCAGCACACCUCUUACUGUCCAGUAGUCCUGAAUGUUCCAUCCUGUUUGAUUUUUUUCUAAGAUUUGUACCUUGUGAGUGAGAAUGUAUCUGCUAAAAAAUGCAAAAUAAAGAUUU